AAUAAUAAAUGUAAUAAAAUAAUAAUAAAUAAAUAAAAGGAUCGUGAGGGGGCGUGGCCUGGCAGGUGCUGGAAACUGCGGAAGCGGAAACCGUCCUGUCGUCUCCUCGAAGAUUCCUGAAGAUCUACUCAGGCUGCAGGAUCUGGUUUCUGUCAUCAGUGCAGUCAGGAGGAAGAGAGAGCAGCAGGAUGUACACUCACUGAGCCAGCACUCAAGACACGUAAACAUAAGUCUCUGACAGCACAGACUGUACUAAAGAUCACGGUGGUUUGAUUCCCCACCCCCCACCUCCCAGACACCAUGACGUCCUCUAUGCUCCGCCGACAGCUCAAGAACCUGGUCCAGAACUACUCUGAGGCCGAGGUCAAGGUGAGAGAGGCGACGUCUAAUGACCCAUGGGGCCCGUCCAGCUCUCAGAUGGCUGACAUCUCUGAUUUGACCUACAAUGUGGUGGCCUGCAACGAGAUCAUGACGAUGCUCUGGAAACGCCUGAAAGACGACAAGAACUGGAGACACAUCCACAAGUCCUUGACACUGCUGGAGUACCUGUUAAAAACAGGUGACGAUCGUGUGCUUCUGAAAAUGAAAGACAACAUCUACAUCGUCAAAGCCCUCACCGAGUACCGCUUUGUAGAAAAGGAUGGCAAAGAUCAGGGUUCUAACGUGAGAGAGAAGGCCAAGGUUGUCCUUGUUCUUAUGGAGGACGAUGAUAAACUAAAGGAAGAGAGAGAUUUUGCUGUCAAGACCAGAGAGAAGACGUCAAAAAGUGCUGCUGCCUCAUCCGUUGACGCCAUCAAGGAUCCCAACUACAAGCCAUGCUACGUUGCCGGUAGUUCAGGGCUUCCAUCCUUAGACAACAUACCCUCAGUGGCCGACUUGACAGCUUCUUUCGCUGCCCGCAAAGAGGAGCGUCUUAAACAGGAAGCUGAGAAGAAGGAAACAGAGAGGAGGGCCAAGUUGAGUGAAGACGAGUUGAAAUGGGAGGAUGCCGGCAAAGGCGGUGAAGUUCAAAGUGCUUGGGGAGAAGAUAAAGCAGAGGAGGAGAAGGAGGAGGUGAAAACAGACGCAUGGGGAGCACCCAAAGAACCUAAAGAGGCCACAGAUCCAUGGGGCACACCUGCAAAACCUGACACAACUGACACAGAAGCCAGCAGCGAUCCUUGGGGGGCUCCAACUAAAACUGAGGAAGAUCCAUUUUCUGCACCAAAAACAGAUGAAGAUUCAUUUGAUGCACCAAAGAAUGGAGAAGAUCCUUUUGCAGCUCCAAAAGAUGAACCCGAUCCAUUUAGUGCAUCAAAAGAUGAUCCGUUCAAAGCGCCAAAAGAUAGUUCAGACCCUUUCACUGCACCCAAAGACAAGGAAGAUCCAUUUGCUGCUCCAAAAAAUAAACCAGAUCCCUUCAGUGCAUCAAAAGAUGAUCCAUUCAAAGCCCCAAAAGAUGAUCCAUUCAAAGCCCCAAAAGAUGAUCCAUUCAAAGCCCCAAAAGAUGAUCCAUUCAAUGCCCCUAAAGAUGAUCCAUUCAAUUCAGCAAAAGACGAUCCAUUCAAUGCCCCUAAAGAUGAUCCAUUCAAUGCCCCUAAAGAUGAUCCAUUCAAAGCCCCUAAAGGUGAUCCAUUCAACGCCCCAAAAGAUGAUCCAUUCAAUACGCCGAAAGAUGAUCCAUUCAAUACACCGAAAGAUGAUCCAUUUAAUGCUCCAAAGGAUGAUCCUUUUAAUACUCCGAAAGAUGAUCCAUUCAACACCCCGAAAGAUGAUCCAUUCGGUGCUCCAAAAGACGAUCAGUUUGAUGCUCCAAAGGCAGAUCCUUUUAGUGCCCCGAAUGAUGAUCCCUUUACCGCACCAGCAUCAACGCCCCCUAAAGAAGACCCAUUCGCAGCAUCAUCUAAAGACGACCCCUUCACUGCUUCCUCACCACCACCUAAGGAAGAUCCUUUCUCUGCACCAGAUAAACUUGCCCAAGACGACCCUUUUGGUGCACCAACAACAACACCACCAAAAGAAGAUCCUUUCUCUGCUCCAUCCAAACCUACAAAAGAGGACCCCUUUGCUGCUCCAACAUCACCACUCAAAGAGGAUCCAUUCUCUGCAUCAUCUAAAGCUACAAAAGACGACCCUUUCGCUGCACCAACAACACCCCCGAAAGAGGACCCAUUCACAGCGCCAACUAGUCCACCAAAAGAUGAUGCCUCGGAUCCCUUCAGUGCCCCUCCGCUGAGCUCGCCCCAAGGCAGUGCAGAUGCGUGGGGAGCCCCUGCUAGCUCUCCACCGGCCACCGCAUCAGAUGCCUGGGGGGCACCAUCUCCUCCAAAAGAAACAAAGGGCAGAGAUCCCUGGGGGGCUGGGAAAAGUGCCUCCUCACCUGUUGAUAAUUCGGAUCCAUUUGGAGAUGCAUCCAAAGUGGACGAUGACCCAUGGGGAGCUCCAGCCGCAGCUCCAGUUAGCACAGAUGAUGCGUGGGGUUCACCUGCUCCCCCCUUAGACUCGCCCGCCUCUAGUGACCCCUUUGGAGACGGAGCAUCUAAAAAAAGUGAUCCUUGGGGUGCAUCAAACAACGCAUCUAGCAAUGGAACAGAACUGGACCUUUAUUGUAUUUCAGGAAAGCGAACAGCGCAGGACGAGAAGAUGUACAGAAAGACUGCUUCGUUUCUGGGCUCCGCGGGGGCGUCGCUUGUUGACUUGGACGAUCUAUUUUCUUCUAACCCCAAACCCCAGCUGCGCCCCCUCGCCAACACGCUCGUUGCCCAGACACAAGCCAUCGGCGCUUUCAAAGCCCGGGGCUUGACAUGUGGCCCUGUGGUCAGAUCAGGGGCCAUUCCUGACACAUCAUACUGCAGCCCUUUCGGCCCCACCCUUGCUCCCUCCUUUGGUGCACCUUCUUCCACUUUUGGAGCCACUAAUCCUUCAAGUGAAACUCCCCGAUUUCAGCCGCCAUCCCACACCAUGGGAGCAUCUCAUUCUGGCUUAAAUAUGCUUCAGGCAGCUCAGAAGGCUCCUCUGGGUUCAGGAACUGGAAUGGUACAGUCUGUUUCUGUGGGAGGGGGUCCACAAACUGGACUUAACAUGACCCACGCCUUCGGAGGAGUGGGGAUGGUGCAGUCUGGAUCUCUGUUGGGGAAUCCUGUGGCGGACCCCGUCUUCUUGGGAAUGGGUCAGUCCAGUUUCUAUGGAGGGAAUCACCAAACAGGAGUGGCUCACCCGGGAGGAUCCAUUUCCCAGGCCGGCGGGGGAAUCCCCUUCCAGCCACAGUUCCUCUCAGGCAGCAGCUCGGGUGAGACUGUGAACAAAAACACCAAUCCAUUCCUCUUCUGAAGACUUGACAUGUAAUCUUUUCUGUCAGAUACAUGUUGUAAUAAAAGACCAUACAGGGUGGUUUUAUAUGUUUUAGCCUUCUAUAUGUAAAUGUUGCAGCCAUUUUCCAAAACAGCAUGAAGAUUUUAGACUGCUUACCUGUGCAUCUUCCAGGCUGCCACUGGUUCCAGUUACCCUCAUCAUGUUCCAUUAUGGUUUUGUCAAUCUAAAGAUAUAAUAAAAUGAUAUUUUUAUACUUUUAGGGACUCUUGAGGGAACUUGCAAGACUUGUGAAAGAAAAUGUGAAAAACAUAAAUUUGGCUUUUUCUUGAAUUGAAGCAAUACUUCACCCUUAAAAUGACCAUUUAUAUGUCAAUUAUUCGCCCUUUGUUUUUCUUGUAUGCUUUCAUGGAGAAUCCAAGAAAAUCCUAAUCCAUAAAUCGUUGAUGAACAGCAAAAAUAUAUAUUUUAACAUCCGUUUACAAACUCUCACACAAAUCUUACUAUUUAUAACACUCUCUCCACUGUGAAAAGUGGUAAGAGUGUUGUAAAAAGUAUUUUAGUGGAUGUAAACAGAUUAUUUAAUAUUGUUUUUCUGUCUUUAAAUGUGGCCACAUUGACUUUAAUUCAGCAAGGAUUUAUUCUGUUUUCUUGUCUUUCUUCACAGUGGAGGAAUGAGAGAAUUACAAUAAUUGAAGGUUACCCUGGAUGAAUAAUAGUUAUACAAAUGGUCAUAUUCAGGGUGAAGUAUUACUUUAAAAACUUUCUUUUGAGAAGCGUGAAGAGUUUAAAAACUCUGUAGAGGACAGAAACUGAUUCAGUGGUGAGAGUCUCUGCUCCCCACUGAAUUAACAUCAAAUAACUUUUACAAAUUACUUACAUUUUGUCAAAUUACUUUGACAAAAAUAAAUGUUUUCACUGGUUGACUGAUAUCAGUGGCAGCCUGUUUGGUAGUUAACAGUAUAAACAUUUCAUGGAUAAUUAAAAAACAUGUUACUGGGCUAAAACAUGAUAAACCACUUGUAUGAUCCUUUAAUCAAACCCUUCAGCUCCUCAGCUUUCAUUUACCUCCCCUUGUCCAAUUCACAUAAUAGCCAUGGUUUAAAUAUAUGCAGUAUAAUGCACACAAAAUAUGUCAGAAUUGACUUAUUGAAUCAAAUCUAUUGGACCAGCCAUUUUCACGCACAAGUCUGAGAAACAGAGAGAAUUCCUGUUGAUGUGAGUGAUGUUUGGACCUGUUAAACAUUGACGGAAUCGAUCGGGGGAAAGACGUCACUGUAGGUUUUCAUUGAGUGUGUAUGUGUUUGUACAAGGCGGAGUGUGUGUGUGUGUGUGUGUGUGUGUAACCUGUAUGCACGCAGUGUGUGUGUAUGCAGUAUAUAUCGUGCUGAUGUAAAUAGUGGAAGUAAUCACAGUAAAAACCUGGAAAUAUGCUGUAUAUUAGAGUGUUACAAUCAUGAAUAACUAUUUAUUGAUCUAUUUAUUGAUUGAUUAAUUAUUAAUUCAACAACGGCCUCCAACAGAGAUCAGUUCAGGUUAGUUUUCCGUUUGCGUAAUCAGGUCAACCACAUGUAGGGCUGCAACUAAUGAUUUAAUUAUCAAUUAAUCUGAGGGUUAUUUUUGAUAAUAAUUGUUUAAAAUGAAGGAAAAAUGUCCAUUUCAGCCUCUCAAAUUUAAGGUGAUGUCUUUAAAUGUCUUGUUUUGUCAGUUGAAAACCCCAAAUGUUAAGUUUGAUGUGAUAUAAAACAGAGAAAAGCAGGAAUUCUCCAUUUUUGAGAGGUUGAAAAUGACAUUUCUGCCAUUUUUGCAUGAAAAAUUACUUAUAAUUCAACUAAAAUACUUGCAGAUUAUCAAUGAAUCUAUUAGUCGACUGUUGGUUGCAGCUCUAAUCAUGUAAUUUGCUUUAAUCUAAUUCAGCUUUUCAGACAUUUCAUUAUUGAUCGACUCAGUAACUGCUGGUGGCUU